GGACCCCAGUUUCCACUGUCCAGAGCUCGACGUUGGAUGAUGCGCUUUUACAGUCGGAUGUCAAUUAUCAGCUUGCCCCUGAUGGUCUUGCUCCCUCCAAUUCCAUUGCUCCUUGGACAUUAACAAAACUUGAGCGUCAUCAUCUGGUUGAGCUCCAUGCAGGUUUGCUUGGGCACCUCUUCUACUCUAGGCUUGAAUAAUAACCAUCAGCAGGAGCACAUUCUGAUUCCAUGAACCACUUAUCUAAACACUUUUGUCUUGUUUCUCGUUUCACCACUCUUCAAACCCGUUGUUUUGCCAUGUCUUCCCACUCAUCCUCCGGGCAGCGUAAAAGCGCCACUCCCAAGUCACCCUCCUCCUCAUCAAAAUCAACAACAUCAUCAUCAUCUUCUUCUUCAACUGGACCUGCCUUCUUCCCACCGAUCAUCUUGGGGGGCGCAACUCGUGAGCAAAUCGAGGCAUGCCCAUUUUACGCCCCUUCCCCACCUGAGCCCCAUUCCACACUCGAUCAACCCUAUUCCCCACCUGAUCCUAUUUGGUACAACUCGAGGCGAGAUGGACCACCUGAUCUUAACGUUCCCGGUGGUAAUCAUUCCGUAAAUAUCGGCGACCAAUUUCAUGACAAUCGCUAUAAAGUCGUCCGUAAGCUGGGCUGGGGUUCCUUCAGCACGGUCUGGUUGGCUCAUGAUCAGCAGCUCAAUCGACACGUGGCCCUCAAAAUAGUCAAGUCAGCCAAAGACUUCACAGACACUGCUGAGCUGGAAAUCAAACUUCACCAGCGCGUCUCCUCAGCCAACCCAGACCAUCUUGGGUAUCAUCAUAUGGCCAUACUGCUCGACCACUUCAAGCACGAAGGACCUAAUGGUUCCCAUGUCUGUAUGGUCUUUGAGGCACUCGGCGAAAACCUUGCCGGGCUCAAUAGCCGUCUCGGGAACGGAGGGAUCCCUCAAUCGGUCAUACGGGACGUUGGCCGACAAAUCCUCCUCGGACUGGACUACCUCCAUCGUGAAUGCGGUAUCACUCACACCGGUAUCAAGCCUGAACACAUAUUGAUCUGCAUCGAGGACAUCGAGAAGCUCAUUCGAUCCGAGCUGGAGAAGCAGCACAACACCAAAACCACAGCUCCCAUUUGCACCCCUCAGCUUCAAUCUUUCUCCGCCUCUAGCCGCACUAGUCAUUCUAAAGAAGACCAUAGCCCCAUCAUGGUCAAGAUUGCCGAUCUCGGGGACGCCGCUUGGUCUUUAUCCCACCAUUUAACCAAUCGUAUUCAAACCCGUCAGUAUCGCAGUCCCGAGGUGAUCGUUGGUGUUCCUUGGAAUCAGCGAAUUGACAUGUGGAGCGUUGGUUGCUUGUUCUUCGAGCUCUUGACCGGAAAUUACUUGUUCCACAGUCCCGAAGACUCGGAUCACGUGGAUCAGAUUCACCUCAUGCAGAUCAUCGACUUGGUAGGCCCGUUCCCACUCGAAAUGGCACUCUCUGGGAGGUACACCCACGGCAUCGCCCAUGAAAUAGCGUCCUACAAUUACAAACAGGCGAUGUCUUGCCAAGAAUGGAAUCUAGAAAUUAUGAUGAGUUUUUAUGGAUUCGACAAAAGCAUAAUCCAAUGUUUAUACAGGAUGUUGCAAAUCGAUCCUUCCAAACGAUGCGAGGCAAAGGAAAUCCUUGAUGAUAAAAAGUGUUGGUUGGGUGCUGAGAAAUAAACGAAUGAAUUAGGCGCCAAGUUGGAUCUCAAUGCUCACGUUCACAAUUCCAGUCCAUAUUUUAUCCUCAUCGCUUCCAUCAAAAAUAAAAUGUCGCUGCAAGGGUGACAAUACCCAUGUCUAGUUGCAAAACUUUUACAUCUUACCAAUCCUGUUGCUGGUGCUAUCCUGUCCUAUUACCGGUACUAUCCUGUGCUGUUAUGAAUAUCUAUCAAGCAUUACGAUGAGCUAAUUUCUGGUCAACUUCUACUCUCAUCGCUUCCAUCAAAAUAAAAAAUUCCUAUGAGUGUAAUGCUGUCCUAUACUCGAUGCAACGCCUUUACCUAUCACAUUUCCUUUCACUUGCGCUUCACUCCCCCGUUACAUUUCCCGUCAUGAUUGGAGCAACAUCCUCUUUAUGAGAGACUGCAACAAUGUGGAAAUGUUUCAUUUCUAUCCAGAGAAUGCUAGACUGAUGGAAUUCUGGGUCUCUUGUAUGAUAGGAGAACACAAUGAAUAUGUAGGUAGAUUACGAAACUAUAGGAAAAUUGACC